AUGAAGAGUUGUGCAUACACCUCAAACACACACACAGUAUUCAAGCCCCUGUCUCCUUCUCAGGCCCUACUGCUUAUCAGCAGCCAGGAGAUUGAAAAGGAGGGAGCACCAACUGUCUCCUUGCGUCCUCAUGACUCCAUCAGCAGGAACCGCAGCCUCUCACACAUUUUGCUAGAUUUGCCUCCCAGCUUUUUACCUGUCUCCGACCGUCUCCAAGUCAACCAUUCAGGUGCACAUACACCUCGCUACUCCAACUCAAGCAGCUGUGCUGCAGGUGUCUCCUCCUGCGCAGCUCCUGCGGCUGUCUCUCGAGAUUAUGCAGGACAUGUACAACAGGGGCCCCCUCAAGGGGCCCCCAUAUCAGCCCUUCAGCUGUCUUCUAAGGGGGUCCCUCAAGGGGCCCCUCAGUCGUCAUCUAGGGGGGCCCCUCAGGGGGCCCCUCAAGGGGCCUCUAAGGUGGCCCCUCAAGGAGUCUCCUUAGAGGCCUCUGAAGGGGUCCCCCAGGGGGCCUCUGAAGGGGCCCCCCAGGGGGCCUUAGAGGGGGGCCCUGAAGGGGGCCCCCCAGAGGGUGUACAUCGGAAGCGUACAGUAUUCUUGCAAGAUAAUUACCCACCUCCUAAGCUGUCAUUCUUAGUAGGGUCUGAAAAGCCUCGUUCUUCUGGGUGGAACAGCCCAAGCAAUCAAAGACAGCUAGCGCAUGCAGAGCUGGGUGUUGGGCGGGAAGAGGACCUUCUGUUUGAAGAAGGGAGCGAUCAGGAUACAGCAAACACCGUUUCUACGGCUGGAGUGUCUGUGUUUGCUGCGUCUCGGCCUGAAGUACCUUUAACUCGUUCUUUAUUGCAAGCAUAUUUGGAUCAGAGGUGCCGUUCUCUGUCUGCUGACGACUUACCCCGAGCAGCACGUCUAGAAGGAGAUAAAAUUCUUUGUUUCUCGUUAGAUGCAUUAGACAUGCAGCAAGAAGGGCAGUGUCUCGAUGUCUGCUUUAACCCCUUCGGCUGUAUAGGCAAACCCGUAGAUACUUCAAAUGCGCAGCCUCUUGAACUCGAUCUAGCUAAGGAAAUGAAGUACUGGUGCACUUCAUCUGACCUUCAUCGUAGAGUAGAGAAGCACUUAUGCAAAGAAGACUCUGUGCUGCGUUUGGUAAUGGAGGUGAAUUUCGGCUGGAUAUGCAUAAAUAAUUCUACAGAGUAUAGCUCAGCUAAUGCUCUUUUGAAGUGUAUAGGCACAUGCGGAGAGCCGGUAGAGUGCCUCUCGCCUACCACGCCUAUCACUCUCACGGGCAGCGCAACCACUCUAAACAAACUUAUACAACAAGAAAAGCAUCCAGGAUGCGAUUGCAGCGAAGGGACACUUGGAUGGAAGUACUUGGGAUGUCAGUCUAGAACGCGUCUGGGUAGGAGAUGUCAGCACUGGAAUCAGCAGUCUCCGCAUAAGCAUGAUGCACUUAAAGAUGAAGCACAUAAUUUUUGUCGAUCUACACAAGAAGGAGAAGAUAUUUGGUGCUUUACAACAGACCCAGAUGUGCGAUCCGACUUCUGCGAUCCCCUAGGGCCUAAGGCGCAGUUGGUGCGUCCCUCUGAUUAUUUUGACUUGGUAAUAGAGAGCUCAUUUAAUGAGGGUGCCUACGAUAUUAAGUUUUUUAAGGAGACAGCAGGGACAGGAGACACUACAUCUCCUUGCGGGAAGGGACAGCCAACAGGGGACAUACACCUGGCGGAUAGCACCACCACCACCAGCAGCAGCAGCAGCAGCGGCAACGUUAGAAGGGCCUUUAAGACUUACUCUGAGGGGAGUAUCUCUGCUCUUGUCUUUCAAAAUGUACAAGUAGAAAUGCAAGCAAAUGGAUCUUAUGCAGUUUGUCUCUGCGAUUAUAGUUUCUAUACUGUAAACAACCUCCAGUGCUCCAAGCCUGAUCAUUAUACAAUGCAUGCGGGUUGGCUGCGUGUAAAAGGCCCCUCGCAUACUUUAGAUACAUUUGCAGUAGAGACAGGGACAGAUGCCUCUGUGCGAUUAUACGGGUACGGGUACACUGAAAAUGAUGAUGUAACAAUACUACGCUCUUCUUAUAACUGCGAUGUCUCUGCUGCUGCGUUUGCUGAGUCAAUGGGGAGUCUCCUUUCAAAGGGCCCUGCAGCGUACAGACAGCUGGCGUCUGCUUUACAACUAGGCACUGCAACAGUAGCAAGGCUACGCCCUACAUCUGUCUCCUACAGCACUAGCACCAACUCUACUGUUCUUUAUCUACCUUCUUUCACUGUCUAUCAAACGGGGGUCUUCCAUGCAUGCUGGACACCCGAAGGAUUCAAUACUGCUAUUCCAGCAGCCAACAUCGACGUUACAGGUCUGGAGUUGCGUCGUCACUUUUACGCGUUAUACGUUCCCAACUCCCUCAAAGCUGAAGACAGAGUCUUCUCUUUGUUUAUUAAAGUUAGAGGACCAGCUAUUGUUCCUACUAGAAAUGAAGUCUAUCUUACUAGGCGCUCAGAUACCCCUUGUGGAGGUUCAAUUGUGGGGCGCCCAAUGGCAGUGACAGUGCAGCCCACAGCAGAAGACACUGAAACCAGAUACUUUGUUGCAGAACAAAUGACAAUAAAGAGAUUAGACACCGACGGCGUUGCAGAUGAUACAGUGGAGGUUUGCUUAGAAAGAGCAGGGAGAAGACGAUCCCUUGGUGUUGCCUUCCUUAGCAGAGCUCUGGUGUAUCCACUUCAUGUCUUUCAGAGGGGCCCCCAGGGGCCCCCAGGCGUUCCUCGAGGGACAUUUUCAAUGGCUAUAUCUAAGUUUAGCUCUUUGGGGCUUCAUUGGGCGCAUGCAGCAACAGGGGUUGAUUGUUUCUUUGAAAGCGAUUUGCAUGCAUUCUUCAGUCAAGGUGACUUCCCUAAAGCACUCAGCUUCUGGGUUGAGGAGACAGGCAUCUCUUUGUGGCACUCUUCUAUUGCUCGCGCUGCUCCUAAGGCCCUAGGUUGGUUUGCUAUAGAGGGGGCUUCUGCUGUUGCAGUGCAUGCAGACAGCACUCGUGUCUUAUUCUUUAUUUUAAGAGGAGAUCCACCUGAGCUUGAGGUGUACGAUAUGACGGAGCCUAGACACCUGAAAGACCUGUCUCCGCUUGCGUCUUCUUCGGAGACAACACGUUUAGUGUCUCCUUCUUCAAUAUCUCUGUUACCAGGGAAAGAAGAUUGCCGCGUCUUACUAACAGAUUCUCGAAGGAGACAGUUGCUGCUAUUCAGCAGCAGCUUGCAGCUGCUUGAAGCUCAGGGAUUCUGGGAAGGGAUGGCUGCACCUCUUGAAGGCCCUCGCUCUGUGUUUUGUCUACCAACACCUGAGAGUGAAGAUAGAACAGAGCCUAUGCUCCUAACGAAGCCCUAUGGUCAUUCUGAGAUUCGUUUGUAUCAACGCUUAGCAUCUGUCUCCGCGGGGGAGACAGAUUUAAAGGAGAUGUGUUUGUUGCAGACAGGAGACGCUUCAGGGGGUUUGAGUGGGGUGUGGUUAACAACAUUUCAUAAUGCUUAUGAUGGACCAAUGGUCCACUUAGUGCCUCUAGACACCACAGCAACAACACCUGAUUUUAAAUACACCCCAAGAGAAUGGUAUGCAUUAGGAGAAGAACAUCGAUUAGAACCUUCUAUUGUUGGGUCUUCAUCUUCAACUGGUUUAGCUAGCUUUGCUUUAAACCCUUCUGCUGCUUCUUAUGCAUUCAUGGAGAGGAACAUACGUAUUGUAGAGUCAUCUGGAGCUAUUACCCUUCGUCUUAUUGAUAUACAAGAAGAACCUGUUACUGUUGAGAUCAUAGGUUAUUAUAAAGACACCGUAGCAGACACGGGGUGUACAGGCGGUGGCUGUCCCCCUCACUCUGUCUCUCAUGUUGUUGACGAAGAGAUGCAGUGCUUAGAAGUAGAAGAGGGAUACUUUUCUUCAGGUGGCUAUGGGGCUGCUCGUAUUGCUUGUCCCCCCUUUACUUCUACAAAUGCAGAUAAUGGUUUGUCUAUAGAUUUGACGCACUGUCUCUGCAAGCCAGGGGUCCAGGGUUUAGGGUUUGGAGUUAAGUGUGUAUGGGUUUUAUGGUUUCAAACUUCGUGUGUAGAGUUUCGCGUUUCGUUCUUAGAGUUUGGUGCACUGAAGGGUAUGAGUUUGGAGGUAUUGACAGCAACACAAACAAAGUGA